CGGCUCUGCACAGCCGACGCGAUGAGGGACUGGGCGCCGUCGAUCAUCGCCACGGCGCUGUUCGCGCUCCUGUGCCCGGGCGGCGUGCUGCAGAUGCCCGGCCGGCACCGCCCCGUCGACCUCAUGAACAUGAAGACCAGCUUCCCGUCCAUGCUCGUCCACGCCGUCAUCUACUUCCUGCUGCUCAUGCUCUUCCUCGUCAUCCUGCGGCCUCACCUCUACAUCUGACGUGAGCGUGUUCCCCACCCCUUCACACAAGCUUCUAGCAUGUUUCAGUUUCUUCUUUCUUGGGAUGCAGUUUUGGGCCCUUUUAAUAGCUUUGUAACCUUAUGAACCAGAGGAUUAUAUA